AUGGCUCGGGUUUUCUGUGCCCUCCUGCUGCUGCUGGCCCUGCGCUGGGGCCGCGGGUGGGCAGGGGAGUUCUGCCACGGCUGGGCGGGCAGCCCCCAGCGCUGGCACCGCGGCUUCCAGUGCCCCGAGCGCUACGAUGGCCCCCAGGCCACCCUCUGCUGUGGGACCUGCACCCUGCGCUACUGCUGCUCGGCCAGAGAGGCCCGUCUGGAGCAGGGCUGCUGCCCUGGGGACCAUCAGCAGCCCAGCCCCAGGCCUCCCAUGCCAGUGCCCGUGUACGUGCCGUUCCUCCUUGUUGGAUCUGUAUUUGCAGCAUUUGUUGUUGGUGGUGCCUGUGUUGGAAUUUGCUGCUGCAAGUGCUUAAAAUCCCAAGAUGAGGAGCAGCAAAGGGGACUUGCACCUGGUCAGACUUGGCUGCUAGAACCUGAUCUUCCUUCUCGCCUCUCUGGUUCCAGUUCUGCCACCAGAAACCCCCUGAGCAGUGGUCCUCAGACCAGCAACAUCUGCAUGACUUUAGCUCCAUCUCUUCCCAUCGUUGGGUUGGCUGAAGAUGCUCGGUUCCUCAGUCCUCCACCUACCAGUGGACAACUCUUGCACCCUUCACGCCCCGACCACAGAACAACCGAGCAUGCUGCAGUAAUGGAGCCAGCACCUUUCCUUAAAAGAACCAAUUAUGGACACAGUGCUAACGCAUCCCUUUUUGGGGUAACACAGGGUGACCAAAAGAUGCACUCAGGAGUGCAUGUCUGA